AUGAUCGCCGUGUGCUUUUUGUUGGCGUGCUUGGGGGCAGCUCUGCAGCCAACGUCGGCCGCCGAGGAUGGAAGGGGUGGGAUCUUGCAUAUCCCUUCCGCUGCCGACCUGGCUCGGGCUCGCUGCCCUUCCAGAUGCGGCGGUGUUGCCCUUCACUAUCCGUGGGGGAUAGGGCCGGGCUGCUUCCGGCAAGGCUUCGAGCUCACCUGCAACAUCACCGCAGGUUAUAUGAGGCUCUUUCUGCCCAACACUACCACUGAGAUCCUUGAGUUACCUCCUGGAGAUACUUUGCUUCGGGUCCCUCCUAUCCACUUCAACGUCCCCAUGAAACCAGGUAUGACCGACACCUAUAACAUGUCAUGGGAGGUCCCUGUUAAAGGUGUUAUGAUCUAUGGAGGAGAAUCUAGCUUGUUCGUUGUUGGUUGUGGUGUGAGUGUUUACUUGUUUGGCCAUGAUACCGACGACCCCAUCGGUAGUUGCAUGAGUAUUUGCCUCGACGACAAAGUGGCCAUGAAGGAGGCAAAUGCAAACAACUUCAAUGGCGAUGGUGGGAUGGGAUACUGUUCCAUCCGUUUGCAGCGGGACGUUCCAGCAUUCGGGUUGGUAGUUGACCGCCUCAAAGGCGCAUCUGCACUAGCAGGUCAAGGUCAAGGGCUCUCUAAUAGUAGUAUCAAAGUUUUCUUGGCGGGAGAUUACAAAUUUCAUACGGUUGACAUCUAUUCAAGUAAGAUAGACGAACGAAAUGUUGCAUGGCCAUAUUUUAGCAUGGCCAUCACGGAUCAACCAAACUGUGAAAAUGCUCAGAAUAACAAGUCAAGCUAUGCUUGUAGCCAUUACAGCGAUUGCCUGGAUAUGCUGCCAUCUGGAGGCUACGCCUGUCUCUGCCUCAGUUACACAAACGACGGCAACCCCUACCUUAUAGAUGGUUGUGAACGACCAGCGCAUUACAGUCCCAAUCAAAAAGGCGGUUGCACCAAAUUUUGCGGGAACACACAUAUUCACUUCCCUUUUGGGCUUGAAAAGGGUUGCUACGCUGCUGAAAAGUUUCGACUUAACUGUACAUUAGACAACAUCACAAUUCUUGAUCGAGGGGUUGACAAUUUUGAUGAUGGGGCCAAAUUUAUUGUGUCCAACAUUUCAGUGAAUGAAGGAUAUCUUACUGUUAGUGAAACACAAAAUGACUCAAGGUACGGCAACGAAGGGAUCGCGGUAAUUGGGUAUCAAAGCAAUGGGCAGUGGGAAAUACAAGACAUCUCUUUAGAUGGUUUUCAUUUAUCUGAAGAAUAUGGUAUGAAGAUGUGGUGGUCUAUCGAUAAUUUGACCUGUUCAGAGGCUACGAGCAAGCAAAGAAGUGAUAUGUAUGCAUGUCGUAGCAGCAAUAGCACUUGCAUUAUUGUCAACCAACUAGGCUACAAGAAUGUGACAAUGCAGCUCGGCUAUCGUUGCCAGUGCUCUAGAGGUUUUGAUGGAAAUCCAUACAUACUGAAUGGAUGCCAAGAUGUCAAUGAGUGUUUGUUGAUAAAUAUUUGUAACGGCCCCUGCCUAAAUUACCCUGGAGGCCAUAGUUGCAGCGAGUGCACCCAUGGAAAAGAGUUUGAUCCAAGACAACUCAAAUGUGUCAUGUCAACAAAGAGACGCAAUCUUCUCUUAGGUAUCACAACUGGAAUUAGUUGCGGCCUUGGUGCCAUUAUUCUUGUGCUAGGUGCAACAGUACUCAUCAACAAGUGGAAGAGAGGCAUACAGAAGAGAAUUCGAAGGGCAUACUUCAAGAAAAAUCAAGGCCUACUCCUGGAACAACUAAUAUUAGAUGAAAGUGCCACAAAUAAAACAAAGAUAUUCUCCUUGGAGGAAUUAGAUAAAGCAACCAACAACUUUGAUGUCAGUCGUAUUCUUGGUCGUGGAGGACAUGGCACGGUUUACAAAGGGAUUCUAUCCGAUCAACGUGUAGUGGCCAUAAAAAAGUCUAAGCUGGUGGAGCAAACUGAGAUUGACCAAUUUAUCAACGAGGUUGCCAUCCUGUCACAAAUCAUUCAUCGGAAUGUGGUCAAGCUUUUUGGUUGUUGUCUCGAAACAGAAGUGCCUUUGCUAGUUUAUGAGUUCAUAUCCAAUGGCACACUAUAUGAUCUUCUGCACAUUGAUGUAAGUGUUCAAUGCUUACUUUUAUGGGGUGAUCGCAUUAGGAUUGCUGUAGAAGCUGCAGGUGCUCUUGCUUAUCUCCACUCAGCCGCUGCGAUACCAAUUUUUCAUAGAGAUGUCAAAUCUUCCAAUAUACUCCUAGAUGACAACUUUACUACCAAGGUUUCUGACUUUGGUGCUUCGAGGUCUUUAUCACUUGAUCAGACACAUGUAGUGACAAUUGUGCAAGGAACUUUUGGUUACUUAGACCCCGAGUACUACCACACCGGGGAGCUAAGUGAGAAGAGUGAUGUUUAUAGCUUUGGAAUUAUACUGGUGGAACUUCUAAUGAGAAAGAAGCCAAUUUUUAUUAAUGAACAAGGUAUAAAACAAAGCUUGGCUCAUUACUUUGUGGAAGGACUUCAGCAGGGAGUUCUCAUGGAAAUCAUGGAUCCCCAAGUUGCAGAAGAAGCGAACCAGAAUGAAAUUGAUGACAUUGCCUCAGUUGCGGAAGCAUGCUUGAAAACCAAAGGAAGAGAAAGACCUACCAUGAAAGAGGUAGAAAUGAAAUUGCAACUCCUAAAAACUAGAAGAUUAAGGAGUCAACUUCCUCCCAUAAAUGAUGGAGAGAUCGAGUCACUUGGGUACCUAAAUGGUGUUAGCUCUCAUGCACAAAGCAACAGCAUUGUCAGUAAUGUUGGCUUAACACCUACAUGCAGCUCCGGAAAGUACAGUCUGGAGCAAGAGUUCUUGAACUCGGCCAGCUUGCCACGCUAG